AUGGUCAAGUUGCUCGUUGUCAACCCCAACAGCACACAGUCGAUGACUGACGAAAUCCGGACAAGUGUAGAGCGCUGUCUCGGCGAUGCCGAAGAAACGCAACCGCCGGUCAUAGCUGUCACAUAUAUGACAGGUCCGCAGGGGUCGCCUCGUCAGAUUGACGGUUUAGAGAGCAGCCGGGAAAGCUGCGAAGCAUGCCUACCCCUGUUGCAGGACCCCUCCUCGCAGUACCACUACCGCUCCUACGACGGCAUUCUAGUCGCUUGCUUCUCGGACCAUCCGCUUGCCGCCGCCAUCCAGGCGCUCCCUGCGGCUCCCCUGGUCGUGGGACUGCUAAGUUGCUCGGUGGCCUUCUCGUCGCUUGCUCUCGGCAGACCCUUCUCAAUCAUCACUUCGAAUGCGGAGUGGGUCGCAAUCCUCGACGAGCAGACGCAAAAAUUCCUCACAACCGAUACCAUUAGUAGAAGUCUCUGGAGGGGUACCGUGUCAACGAACCUUCAAGUGCUGGAGCUUCACAACAGUUCCAAUUUUAAUCGCAUAGCGCAGCGCAUUGAGGACUACAACAUUGCACGUCUGGGUUCUGAAGUGGUUAUUCUUGGAUGCGCUGGAUUCUCAGGCAUGCAGUACAAACUAACAAAUAUGCUCGGCGGCAAAAUUACAUUUGUUGAUCCCAUAGUUCUCGGAUUUCAGACGCUUGUCACAAAUGCAACUUUUCUGGCUACAGAGCGCCGUCGUUGUGAAUGA